AUGGACAAUCAAAACAAUUCGACGUUGUUAUUCCUGGUUUCAACUCCGCAGCCUCUGGAUCAACGAUCUCGUGAAUUACUCGCGUCAGAGGGAAAGUCUCAUGCAGCGAAAAUAUCACAUCCAGUGAACAGAUCCAGGGGCAAGGUAGAAGCCAAUGCAGCGGCCGGGACAGAGUCAAGAGAAAUACACUUAUCCCCCCCACCUCCUCCUCCUCCUCCUCAACGUCCAGAACAAGUAGCUUGUUUCGAUUGCAGCUUGCGAAGUCCAACCCAUUGCCUACUUCUCCCACGGUCAGAGGUUACAGAUCCUUCGGAGGACCUGUGGCCAUCCAAUGCCAGAAGCACUCGUUCCGGGUCGAGCAGGCCUCCAAGAACCCAGCCUCAUCUAGGUUCAAGAAACGUCCGCCUCCAGACACAGAGGCGUCGUCACAAUCAAGAGAAUGCUACCAAGCCAUGUCUGCCGGUCCUCCGCCUAGAUCCUCUUUACUGGCUGCCGUACGAGAAAGAUCAAAGCACAUAUGAGGCCGUGGACUAUUUUACCAAUAUUGUUGUUCCAGCCCAGGAGCCAAUCUACGAGAUCCUCAACGUCACCAGCAGUUACAUUUCUUUCUCCUUCGCUUGCCUGACCAACGGCGAAUCGUCCUACCAUGCGGCUACUGCCGAUAUGCUAGUCACCUCUGAGCAGCUGCGAAAUCCAGGUUGUAAGCCUUCCCUAUCGGUUCUGUUCCAUCAAGCUCGAGCGAUCGAGUGGCUUCGGCGUGAGAUCUCCAAUCUCAAACAGCCCACCAACGCCGUGUUGGGAACCAUCUUGUUCCUCAUCGUCCUCGAUAUUACAACCGGCGGGUCUUCAUAUGUCAACCUCCACGGAGACAUUCUCGCUCGCCUCGUCGCGCUGCGAGGGGGACUAGAUGCUCUUGGUCAUGAAGGCUUUGACAAGGCUGCUUUCAUGCAAUUCGACUACAUCUGGUCCCUCGCCAAAGGAUCUUCCCUCCUCGCCCCCCCAACACAAUACGCUCCGAUAUUUCCAUCCCACCCAUUUUCUCAAUGGCUCGUGGAAACCAUCACCUUACUGCCCACUGGCUUCCAAAAUCUGGUCCGGCAGUGCCUCCUCCCCUUUGACACCAUCGAGCUGCUCUCCCGCGUCGGCGAUGCUGGCCGCCGCAGCAAGGGCAGCAGCAUAUACGUUCCUCUCGAGCCGGACAAAAAUCCUUUCCACUCCCAGCGACGGAAAUACAAUUCAUUCAGCGACGCUGUCCCUUGCCUCCUCGCCCCGGAGGAAGUUGUCCCGCCACUGCUUAAAAACCUCUCACUUGCCUUGAUCCUCUGGUGCAACAAGGCAUACUAUGACAACCGCGCUUCGAGUAUGAUCUCCGUCGGUUCUCGGCGUGUCUUGACGACGCGCCUUCUCGAACUACCUCCUCCGGCUACGGCUUCAAAGCCCCGACUCUCAGAAGCCACUUCCUCAGACGAGAAGGAUUGCACCGUCUGGGUCUGGUUAAUGGCACUAGACUCAUGGCGUUUGGAUGACGGCCACAGCCUGCACUAUGUCGGGCGCGAGCUGCUCGCCCAGCUCAAGCAGCAAUUCCCACGCGAGACGGCCGACUUGGACGUCCUGGACUCGAUCCUCGUCAAGUUCUUCUGGACGGACGACUUGAGGGCUGGGGUCAGGACAUACUGGGAUCAAUCAUCGAAUGUGCUUCCUUGUGGAAGUGCGGAUGCAGCGAAUGCAGCGAGUGGAGGGUAA